GCAUUUCAGAUCUCAUUAUAAACGUUUGACAUUUAGGCAUCAAUGCCCUCUUUGCUGCCUGCUGCGCUGACGUAUGCAUCUGUCGUCACCUAGCUUUUAACUUUGCCGAUUGCAUAUCCUCAUUAAAUAGGUUAUCAAGAGCCUUAGACGACUAUGAUUUGUUUAUAGCUCUUCGAAGACCAACGAUAGUUGUUUAGGCUUCAUAAUAAGUCAAUAUUGUUUAUGUCUAGUCGGUCACGCGAUUGACUUUUAAAGUGCACAUACAGCUAUUUUUAGUUUUUUAUUCUCAAAUAGAUUUUGGAUAAAUAAUACAAAUGCCGUUUACAGAAUUUGAAUAACUUUUUUCGUUUUUGAGUUAUCUUUCGGCAAAGAUGCGAAUAAAACCUAAAUUUCAACGUUUUGUAAAAAAUGUCGAGAGCUCUAAUCCGUGGCAUGGGACUUACUUGUGACGUCAUUUAAGGAACACAGACUGACUACCAAAACAACUUACACUGUUUAUGCAUGUAAACAAACACAAAAAUGCCAGAUCGAUGUGUAGUUUUUGGUUGUUCUAACGUAGCCAGUUCGGAGAAAGGCAUUUCACUUCAUCGCAUACCAUUUUUUAACGACGAAAGAAGCGAAGCUAAGCGUAGGAGAAAGCGAUGGGUCAACUUUGUGAAAGCUACUCGCGAUAAGUUGGUCCCUACAAAGAAUUCCGCAGUUUGCUCGGAACACUUCACGAAAGAUUCGCUUUCUCGGCAAUUCGGCUCGCUUUCUGAAUCAGAAAGUAAUUUUGCACCUCGACUCAUUCAAGACGAAUUCGGAAUCGUUGCUUACCCGAGCAUUUAUCCUCGAAAAGAUGACAAUGAACUUACAACAAGAGAUCGCAGAAUGGUGAGUACGUUAAAAUUAUACAUAUGCAUAUUUACAUUUUACCUGGAAUCUGUGUGAGAGUAUAUUUCAUAAAUAUAUGCCAUUUUAGAUGAAAAGAAUGUGGAUGUCUGAUUAUAAAAGAGAGGUUGAAUCAGAAAAUAUUCUCAGUACAAGUAGCGAACCUCAAGAGCAAAUAGAAGAAAUAACUUGUGAUGAGCCUGUAUUAUCAGAAUGAUCAGCUACUCUUUUCCUGAAAUGUUCUGCAGGCAUAUCCUUGUUGUAACUCACUUCGAAAGCAAUUUGGACAGGGAUAAUGGAGUUCCCCAGGUUAAAAAACAUUAUCCAAAAUUUAUAAAUGGUGAAGCUGUUGUAAGAAAUGUAAAAGUUGCUCAGGAUUUUGGGUAUGUUGAAGAUAUAUAUCAAGUGUUGUGCUCUGCACUCAGUGAUGAGGAAACAUUGAAAAAGCCAAAGGUGAUCUUUGAAUGACUCCAUUGC